AUGCGCCCUGGCCAGGGGGCGCUGAAUGAUGGCCAGGACAUACCUCCAGGGCCAGGAGCAGGAUUCGUCGUCGGGGUCAGGUCCGGAGUGCCCCGAGCAGCAGGUCUGGCUCCAGGGGCCCCGGGGAAGAUGGAUCCGGCGACCGGGGGGGUGGCGGCAGCGCCCUUGUGCAGCCACGCGCCGGGGGCGGCAGCCUGCGCGGCGCGCGCGGCGGGCGCGACGGACUGCGCGGUGUGCACCCGCGCGACGAGCGUGGAGGGUGCGACGGCGGCGUGCGCGGCGUGCGCAGCGGUCUGCUCGAUGGCAGCAAGCGCGUCGCGCUCACGUCACAGGGCACGCCAGGCCGCAGCGGACACCGCGGGCGCGCUGUUGCAGGAGGACGCGGGCGCGGUGGCGGCGCCCUGGGGCCACGGUCGCGCCGGGCCGAGAGCAGGGGCGGCGUCGGCGACGUCCAGGAGCCACGGCCGCACCGCGCCAUGA